AUGGGUGGUACAAAUCGUGGGCUGCACAACUGGGACCGGGCGAAGGGAGACCGUAGCGCUACAAAACCUCACUACACCGUCAGGCAGACGGGCACUAGGACCGGGAGGAACUGCAAGGGCAGCCGGGCCAGAGGAAUACUUCGGCCUGACACAGAGGAAAAUGGCUGGAACCUGCCCACAGAACUACUCAUCCAAAAAAUCUUCAAAAAUAAACAGUCAAGAGGACACUCCUUCAAAGGAGUCUUUCGUGAUCAUAUACAAAUGUUGCUUUCGGCACAGACUUCCGUGGGGCGAGUGCUAGUUAUCCUUGUCUUUGUACUAAGUAUCGGAUCUCUUAUAAUCUAUUUCAUCAACUCUUCUGACCCUGUUGGAAGUUGUUCUUCAUAUGAAGACAAAACCAUUCCUAUUGAUUUGCUUUUCAAUGGUUUCUUUAGCUUCUAUUUUGGGCUGAGAUUUUUGGCAGCUGAUGACAAGAUCAAGUUCUGGUUGGAGAUGAAUUCGAUUGUAGACAUCUUUACCAUCCCACCAACCUUCAUUUCUUAUUAUUUGAAGAGUAAUUGGCUGGGUUUAAGGUUCCUAAGAGCACUGAGGCUGCUAGAACUCCCACAAAUCUUGCAAAUUCUACAGGCCAUCAAGACCAGUAACUCCGUGAAGUUUUCCAAACUGUUAUCCAUAAUUCUUAGUAUGUGGUUCACUGCUGCAGGAUUCAUUCACCUGGUGGAAAAUUCUGGUGAUCCUUGGCUCAAAGUUAGAAAUUCACAGAAUUUAUCUUACUUUGAAUCAAUUUACCUAGUCGUGGCAACAACAUCAACUGUUGGCUUUGGAGAUGUGGUAGCCCGGACAUCCCUGGGACGGACCUUCAUCAUCUUCUUCACCCUUGCGAGUUUGAUACUGUUUGCAAAAUACGUCCCUGAAAUUGUGGAACUUUUUGCUAACAAGAGGAAAUACACCAAUUCCUAUGAAGUGGUCAAAGGGAAGAAGUUCAUUGUGGUUUGUGGAAACAUCACUGUCGACAGUGUGAGUGCUUUUCUGAGCAAUUUCCUCCGCCAUAAUUUGGAAGAAAUCAGCACGGAAAUCGUUUUUCUGGGAGAGAACCCUCCUUCUUUGGAACUGGAAACCAUAUUUAAGUGCUACAUGGCCUAUACAAGUUUUGUUUUUGGAUCUGCACUUAAGUGGGAGGAUCUGAGGCGGGUUGCGGUGGAAUAUGCAGAAGCAUGCCUGAUUAUAGCCAACCCUUUGUGCAGUGAUUCGUAUGCUGAAGACACUUCAAACAUCAUGAGGGUGCUCUCUAUCAAGAACUAUUCCCCUAAGACCAGAGUCAUCAUACAGAUACUUCAAUCCCAUAACAAGGUUUACCUGCCAAAGAUCCCCAGCUGGAACUGGAAAGCUGGGGACAACAUCAUCUGCUUUGCUGAACUGAAGCUUGGAUUUAUUGCCCAAGGCUGCCUGGUGCCAGGCUUGUGCACCUUCCUAACCUCUCUAUUUGUUGAGCUCAACACAAAGGUGACUCCUAAACAGCUCUGGCAAAAACAUUUCUUAAAUGGUUUGAAGCACAAAAUCCUGACUCAACGUCUCUCUGAUGACUUUGUAGAAAUGACUUUUCCUGAAGUUUCACUAAUCUGCUUUGUGAAGAUGAACCUCAUGCUGAUUGCCAUCGAACACAAGUCUGCCAUGCACAGGUAUCAAUGAGGCUUCUGUGGUCUGAUACUAAAUCCAUCUGCGCAAGUUAAGCUUCGUAAGAACACAAUAGGGUUCUUUAUUGCUGAAUCUGCAAAGGAAGUCAAGAGAGCCUUAUUUUACUGUUCCACCUGUCACAGUGAUGUGAAUAAUCCUGAGCUAAUUGGAAAAUGUGGCUGCAAAACCAAGAGCCAUCGACAUAACAUCAGAGGUAACUGCACUUUAUGUCUAGCUGUCCAUAGCCCAGCUUCUAGGCACCUGGGCCAAGGCAAGAGAAGGGGAUUCUAUCUCCUAAAAGACAAUGGCUCUUUGAACUUGGCAAAAAAAAGAGCAGGCAUUUCUCCACUGGGCACGACUUUUCUAUAUGAAAAGGACGAAAAAACUGACCGACUGGAUAGCAGUGGCAUGUUUCACUGGUGCAAAGCAAUCUCUUUGGACAAAGUGAUUCUGAAACGAUCUGACAAGAGAAAACAUGAUUUUCGAAACCACGUUGUAGCAUGUGUCUUUGGAGAUGCCCACUCAGCUCUGAUGGGGCUUCGGAAUUUUGUAAUGCCCUUGAGAGCUAGCAACUAUGCCCCGAAGGAGCUGAAGGACAUUGUGUUCAUUGGGUCCCUGGAUUACCUACAGAGAGAAUGGCGAUUUCUCCGGAAUUUUCCCCAGAUAUAUAUUUUGCCUGGAUCUGCACUCUUUUCUGGAGACCUCCAUGCGGCCAAUAUAGAGGAAUGUUCCAUGUGCGCUGUCUUGUCCCCACCAUACAAGCCUUCAAGCAGCCAGACUCUGGUGGACACAGAGGCCAUCAUGACCACCCUCAACGUUGGGUCCCUGUGGAUUAGCUGCUCUGCCCAGACACCCUCAGUGACAGAGUGUUUUCCACAGGACUCAACUGAAGCUCGUAAGACUUCAAAAUACCGAAGAAUCCCUAUCCUAACCGAAUUGAAAAACCCUUCCAACGUUCGCUUUAUUGAACAGCUUGGUGGAAUGAAAGGAAGCCUUCCAGGAACAAACCUGCAUCUCAGCACUUCCUUUUCCACAGGCGCUGUCUUUUCAGGUAGCUUCUUGGAUUCCCUCUUGGCCACGGCCUUCUACAACUAUCGUGUCCUGGAAUUACUUCAGAUGCUGGUGACAGGAGGAAUAAGUUCUCAGCUAGAACAACAGUUGGAUAAGGAUAAGCAGUAUGAACCGUCUGACAGCUGUGCUACAUUCUUUUCUGCAAGAGCUCGGUGUAAGCUGGAACUUCUCUCCUUGAACAAAACCAUUUUAUCAGAGAUUCAACCAAGAGACUACUUUGGGCAAGUGUUCUGUGGCUCAUUAAAUAAUUUCGGAAUCCUGUGCCUUGGCUUAUACCGCAUGAUAGAUGAAGAGGACCGCAACCCAGAACACAAAAGGGGAGUAUGCUAGUUUGUGAUUACCCGGCCAGCCAAAGAUCUGAAACUGCUGCCCUCAGAUCUCGUCUUUUGUGCCAUCCCUUUCAGCACCUCCUUUUAUGACAAAGAUGCUGUUUCAUCUCGACAACGAUAUGAAACUGUAAAUCUAGAGCCACUGACACAAGAAAACAUUCUAGACUCAAACGAACCUCCAGUGAUUAACCCAGUUAACAUGAAUGCACCAUGCUACCGGCACUUAUCAGAGCCGCCUGUGGAUCCAGCCAUGGACAACUUUUCUAUACCUAACCAAACAAUGUUAUAUCAGAGUGAUAAGCUGUCAUCCCAGAUACAUCUAGGUGAAAAUGGGAAAGGAAAUGUAAGGGAAAACAUAAAGGACAUAAUACAGGAGGAUGUCUCUGAACCUCCAGUGCCAAACUAG